AGCCUGUUUUAAUUUCACAUGUCACCUCCUGUGUGCAAGUAUUGGCAGUUGCUCUUGUCAUUCUUUUCCACGGCAGCCUGUUUACCGCUGAGAUUUGUGCAAUAGCUUGUGAAAUGUUCACGUGCUGGCUGAGCUGCAGCCUGCAAGUUGGUAGCAAAGCCAGCUGACUUCAGGAAAGCCGGGCUUUGUGUUUGGGGAGAGUCGUGGCUCAGGCACAGCCUGCUGAGCUGAAGUGCAGCCCCAGCCUUGGAGAGCCAUGCUGAGUUGGGAAAACAUCAUGAAACUUUGGGGGGGGGAGCGCAUGCUCCAUGCUAGCCCCAGCUCCUGGGCACGAGCACCCGGCUGCCAGCCCUGCGAGUCACAGAGGUGUGUUGUGGGCAGGGAUUUAGCUGGCUGAGGAGCAUUAGCAAUACACGUAUGGCCUCUGUAAGAACGUGUCAGAAACAGUAGUGUGGAACAACCUGGGUGUAAUUUUCAAAUAAUCCUCUUGCAUGUCUCAGAACAAGUUGGGGCAGAACUAUUUCUAACUGGAAUGAGCCCAGCUUUGUCUCGGCUCCUUUCCCUGCCUUUUUUUUUUUCUUUUGGCUUGUUUCCCACAUGAAUGCUGUACCAAGGUUAAUUUGACUGUCAAUUCCUGUUGCUCACUUUGCCCCCUAUAACCCCCACCCUGUGUUUUCAGCACUUGCUGGCCUGUUUUCCUUGACCAACUUGUCUCUCCCACCUGAGCAGGAGGUUGCUGGAAGGGCACCAUGAUCCAUUCACCAGCACUCGGGCUCGGAAAUGCUGCCCGAAGAUGAGGCGCUCGCUGAGUUCACGCAAUAUUUGCUGCGCAGGGGAAAACCGAGGGGUAAAACUGCCCGGUGGCAUUUACCCUCCUUAGAUAAGGAGCCCCGGGGGGGGGACUUUGCUCCCCCAAGUUCUCUCGCAGUACGCUCCUCUGCCCCACAUCUGUCGGCGUUUCACAAGGUGCUGGGCCCCAGCCUGUGCCAGGCCCAGUCCCGCCCCCGGCCGGCCGGAGCUCCCGGGGAGCCUGCGGGCACUGGGCAGCCUUUGCGAGCGGCCGGCACUCCUGCAACGCAGCCCACAGCAGCGGCGGUGCUGGGAGGAGGGAAGGAGCAUCCCUGACGGUGGGAAUCCAGCCAUGGAGAAGAUGCAGCAGGUCGUUGGGCGGGCAAGAGCUGCCUUCAACUCGGGCCGGUGCCGCUCGCUGGAGUUCAGGAUGCAGCAGCUGAAGGCGCUGGAGCGGAUGGUGCAGGAGAAGGAGAAGGAGAUCCUGGCAGCCAUCAAGGCGGAUCUGCACAAGUGUGGGCACAAUGCAUACAGCCACGAGAUCCUGGGUGUGCUGGGGGAGCUGGCCCUGGCCAUGGAGAAGCUGCCGUCCUGGGCAGCCCCUCAGCCCGUGAAGAAGAACCUGCUGACGAUGCGGGACGAGGCCUACAUCAAUCCUGAGCCGUUGGGAGUGGUGCUGAUCAUCGGGGCCUGGAACUACCCCUUUGUCUUGGUGAUGCAGCCUUUGAUUGGGGCCAUCGCAGCAGGCAAUGCUGUGGUGGUGAAGCCGUCGGAGAUCAGCGAGAACACGGCUCGGCUGAUGGCUGAUCUGCUGCCGCAGUACCUUGACCGGGAGCUGUACCCCGUGGUCACCGGAGGAGUACCUGAGACAACAGAGCUGCUGACCCAGAGAUUUGAUCACAUCCUCUACACCGGCAACUCCACGGUGGGCAAAAUUGUGAUGGCAGCGGCCGCCAAGCACCUGACGCCCGUCACGCUGGAGCUGGGUGGGAAGAGCCCCUGCUACAUCGACAAGGACUGCGACCUGGCCGUCGCCUGCAGGCGGAUAACGUGGGGGAAGUACAUGAACUGUGGGCAAACCUGCAUCGCCCCGGACUACAUCCUCUGCGAGCCGUCCAUCCAGAGCAAGGUGGUGGAGAAUAUCAAGGCAACGCUGCAGGAAUUCUAUGGGGAAGACGUGAAGUCGUCUCCGGAUUACGAAAGGAUCGUCAACAAGCGUCACUUCAGGAGGAUCCUGGGCCUGCUGGAAGGACAGAAGAUCGCUCACGGGGGAGAGACUGAUGAGGCCUCCUGCUUCAUAGCACCGACUAUCCUCACCGACGUUUCUCCGGAGUCAAAGGUGAUGGAGGAGGAAAUCUUUGGGCCGGUCCUUCCCAUUCUGACCGUGAAGAGCGUGGACGAAGCCAUUGAGUUCAUCAACGGUCGGGAGAAGCCCCUUGCCCUGUAUGUCUUCUCCAACAACAAGAAGUUAAUCAAAAGAGUCAUCUCAGAAACUUCCAGUGGGGGUGUUACUGGAAAUGAUGUCAUCAUGCAUUUCUUCCUCUCAACCUUGCCCUUCGGUGGUGUUGGUAACAGCGGGAUGGGUGCCUACCACGGCAAGCACAGCUUUGAGACCUUCUCCCACCGCCGUGCCUGCUUGAUCAAGGACCUGAAGAUGGAGGGUACAAACAAACUCCGGUACCCACCUGGCAGCCAGAAGAAGGUGGAUUGGGCCAAGUUCUUCCUCUUGAAGCGGUUUAACAAGGGCCGAAUUGGACUGGUUGUCUUGGCCCUGCUGGGGAUUGUGGCAGCGGUGGUGGCAAAGAUGGUUUACUGCUGAAGAGAGGAGAAGGCGCCAUGUGCAAGUCAUACUCUGAGUGCUCGCUUUGUGUCUGUUUCCUUAAGCUGAGAAGUCAUUUUUUUCUUUUGUACUGGGUUAUUUCCAUGAGCUGUUGAGCACAUAGAGUAGCCUUAGAGAGGCACUAACCACGAGAAGGCCUGGCCUCCUGUUUACUAAAAAUCCAUGCUGAAACAGAGGGACCAGUGGGUACAGGCUCUCAAAAGGAGGACUGCAGAGCAAGAAAUACCAGUCCCUACCUCCACCCCAUGCCACGCAGAGCGCCGCUUCCAGGGACGCACACACUGUGUCUUGCACAAAACCGCUUGCCUUCCUUCGGUGACAAACAGGAGCUAAAGUUUCGGCUGCCAUUGGGUUGACAGUGUCUUCCCUGCAGUUUUUGGGAUGGUCUGUCUUCUGUUGUGCUCCGAACAACCACCCUCUUGGUGACAAGUCUGAGACAGGCUGUGCUGGCUGAUGGUUUUACCAACAGCGAUGGUUAUGAAUAAACCUAGUGAGGUUCCCCAUGCUGUUUAAUUGAGGUGAAAUGUUCAUGGAUCUCUCUGAACCAGAAAAGUCCGCAGCUGGCCAGGGGAUGCAGGCUCCUUCAUGGGGCUCUGGGUUUCAUCAUGUGCCCAUAACAAUUGUUUGGCAGUUAGAAAAUUACAAAGAUGAUACCUGCACUGCCUGUAUUUUGCUGAUAGGAGUGUCUUAUUCUCAUAGAAAAGACCUUUCAGGCCUGUUUCGAGUAGCGGGAAUCACAGUACUCUGUUGUGGGUUAGCCCAGGUGGGCAUCUGAGCCCACACAGCCACUCGCUCGCUCCCCCAGCGGGACAGGGAAGAGAAUUGGAAGGGUAAAAGUGAGAAAACUUGUAGGUUGAGAUAAAGAUAGUUUAACAGGUAAAGUGAAAGCUGGGCAUGCAAGCAAGCAAGCAAAUUAAGGAAUCCGUUCAUUACUUCCCCCUCAGCAGGCAGAUGUUCAGCCAUCCCCAGGAAAGCAGGGCUUCGUCACACAUAGCGGUGACGUGGGAAGGCAAGACGCCGUAACUCCCACUGUCCCCCCCGCCUUCCUCUUCUGUCCCCCCUCAGCUUUUACAGCUGAGCACAAUGUCGUGUGGUCUGGAAUAUCCCUUUGGUCAGCUGGGGUCAGCUCUCCCAGCCGUGCCCCUUCCCCGCUUCUUGCCGACCCCCAGCCUACACGCUGGUGGGGCGGUAUGAGAAAUGGAGAGACCUUGACACUGUGCAAGCACUGUUUGGCCACACCACAGGUGUGCUACCGACAUUGUUUUGGUCACAAAUCCAAAACACAGCACCAUCCUACUAUGAAGAAACGUAGCAACUAUGAGGAAAAUAAACUCCAUCCCAGUCAAAACCAGUACAAACCCGUUCCUGGUCAGAUUUCUCCAAGGGAAAACAAUUGCUGAAAGAGUGUGUACUUCUUUGUGUUUGAGCUUCUGGGUCUGCUGUAAUCUUGCACUGGGAGAUAAUAGGGGUCUUGUUCUAGCUUGGGGAGAGGAUGCUGGAGAAAUUUAAGGUAAAGAUUAUUAUUAAAUGCAAUUAAUAUAGGGUAGAAAAAUAUAUUUACUGUGCAAUAGAUGGGAUUUCUUCAUGUCUGGUGAAAAUCCAUGUGCUAAGCCUUCUUAAUGAUAUAUUUUGCAAGUACUAAAUAAACACUGAGAAUUUAAAUAAA